GUCGGGCAAGUUCAUCCAACAAAUCGUUGAUGCAGGGUCAUCGCUGGUCAAUACGGCUGUGGACGCAGUUGAUGGUACUGGUCUGACCGGAGACGACCUGAAGAAUGCCUUCAACAAGGUCAAGGACAAAGGAAAGGCAGUUGAGUUUAUUGCCAAGACCACAAUCGACACCGUGGACAAGGCAACCGUUAUUCUCAUGAACUUCAAAGGCUUCAAAUUCAGCUCCGACUGUAAACCAAGGAAACCGAGCCUUUCAUUGUCAGGCCGUAAUCUCAAAGUCGGUUUUGGCGGCCUAGACUGCAAAGUGACGCUGGUGGGACAAACGAUCACCCUCUUCAACCACGACUUUGGUUCCAAAGACGUGACAUUCCCAGACCCACUGGAGGUUUUGCCGUGGCAAAUUAAGAGAGUUGCUGGGGCAAGCGCAGAGGCCAUUGAGCGAUUGAUGGUAAUGAUCCAUGACCUUUUGAACACAGCUGGCUGUAACAGAGCCGACACAUUCCACUGCAUGGCCCAGCGCGUGGCCAGCUAUGUCAUGCAGUUUCAGCCCCCGCUGAACUGGCUGCCGCAGCAAGUGAAGAGUGUUGCAGGCGCAAGCCAAGAGGCCGUGACUCGUUUGUUCUCGUUCAUCCACGAUCUCUUGAACAACCCCGCUUGUAACAGAGGUGACACCUUCCACUGCAUUGCCCAGCGCGUGGCCACCUACGUCAUGCAGUUUCAGCCCCCUCUGAACUGGCUGCCGCAGCAAGUGAAGAGUGUGGCAGGCGCAAGCCAAGAGGCCGUGAAUCGCUUGUUCUCCCUGAUCCACGUGAUGCAGUUUGAGCCUCCCGUGAACUUCAUGCCGGAGCCUGUGCAGAUGCUGGCACGCGCCCAGGUCAACCAAUGGAAGAGUAUGCUGACCCUCGGGGACGAGAUGAUGAACUGCAAAAACACGCAGCAGGGACAAGAGCUCAUCGAAUGCCUUGGCUUCAAGAUCUUGGAGAGAACUGCCCCGCUAAGCUUCCUCAACCAGAUGGACCAAGUGCUGACGGAGACCAUCGAGGUCUUUGCGAAGAUGGCAUCUCUGAUGAUUGAGAAGCUUUUCAAGGGGCAAGAAUCCUUGAUUCAAGUGGCGGCCACGAGCAAGUUCCCAGCGGCCGGCGAAGCGCCAGUGGUGCAUCACACAGGCAAGAACCUGGUCAUCAAGACGCAUUCGCAACGGCCGAGCGCCAACCUGCUCCAGGUUACAGCUUCCGGUCGAGGCGGUGCUGAAGACGGUGGCCCU